AAAAAAAUUGUGCUGGGCGCAUGAUCUUAGUUAUGUUGCCCAGAACGUUGAGUAUUUCCAACCGAAACUUAUAUUGGUAGCUUUUAGAAUUUGAAAUUCGAGGCCGUUACAGUUAUAAAAAAUUAAAGAGCGUGUAAAUAGAAAAGUCAAUAAACAGAAGCCCCAAGUUUAAAUUAAUUCUAUUUCCCUACAAUAACAUGUAUAUAAAGUCGAUUGUGAUGGAAGGAUUUAAAUCCUAUGGCGAAAGGACAGAAAUUACCGGGUUCGAUCCGAUGUUUAAUGCUAUUACCGGAUUGAAUGGUAGUGGAAAAUCAAAUAUCUUGGACGCGAUUUGCUUCAUAUUGGGCAUUACAAAUCUAAGUCAUGUUAGAGCAAAUAGUCUACAAGACUUAAUUUACAAAAGUGGUCACGCUGGCAUUAACAAAGCCACCGUGACUAUUACAUUUGAUAAUAGCAACCCUACCCAAUGCCCCGUAGGUUUCGAAGGUGUUCAGGAAAUUAUUGUUACGAGGCAAAUUGCUCUUGGUGGCAAAAAUAAAUAUUUGAUUAAUGGCACAAAUGUUCCUAACAAGAAAGUAUCCGAUUUAUUCUGUUCAGUUCAAUUAAAUGUAAAUAACCCUCACUUUUUAAUUAUGCAAGGGAAAAUUACCAAAGUAUUGAAUAUGAAACCUCCAGAGAUAUUGUCUAUGGUUGAGGAAGCGGCGGGAACGCGAAUUUAUGAAACAAAGAGACAUGCAACUCAAAAAUUAAUAGAAAAAAAAGAUUCCAAACUGCUUGAAUUUCGUACUGUUAUCAAAGAAGAACUAUCUCCAAAACUGGAGAAACUGAGGGCAGAACGAGAGCAGUAUUUAGAGUACCAGCGGACUGAAAGGGAACUAGAGCACAUGAUGGGUUUAUAUCAAGUUUGGCAGUAUUUUGAAGUAAAACGCAAACUUCUCAAUGCCCAAAAGGCUUUAGAGGGCAGUGAGAAUGAAGAAAUUGUCCUUAAAGAAGAAAUCAAUAAGAACCUGGAGGUGGUCAAAUCUUUGGAUUUUGAAAUUGAGGAGAUUACUAAAAGCAAUGAAUCAGAAUCAGAUAACGAGCUGAAAAUAGUUGAAGUGCAGCUAAAAGAAGAAGAAAGGAAUGAAGCAAAAGUUGAUGCUUCUUCAAAAUCAAUUAAAGAUAACAUAAUGACCGAGGAAAAAAAAAAGAAGCAGCUGGAGAAAAACUUGACUAACAAUGAAAAGGCACUAAAACUGAAGGAAGGGGAGUUGAGCCAAGUUCAAGACUUGUUUGAGAAUUUAAAAGAGAAUGAUAGAAAGGAUCGUGAGGCCUUUGCCUUGUCUGAGAAGAAAUAUGAAGCCUUGUGUGCCGGAAUGGAAGUGAAUGAUGAAGGUGAGGCAGAAACAUUGGCAGAACAAUUAAUCAAAGCGAGAGAAGAUGCUUCUAGGGCGAGCACUGAAAGCAAACAGGCCGCAAUGCAGCUGAACUUUUGUCAGAACCGGCUGAGAGACAAAGAGAAAGAGGCAGGGGGCACUUCGUCUGACCACCAUAGGGACGAGGUCAAUUUAAAAAGGGUUGAGCAGGAAAUAACCAACUUGGAGUCGGCGCUUUCCAAAAUCGGCUUCUCGGAAGAGCAUAUGGCGCAGCUGCAAGAAAAGAGGCGGGUUCUCGGUCAGGAGGUGCGCGGUUUGCGCGACAGCGUCGACAACUUCGAUGCGCAACGGCCCUACGCGUCAUUCAAGUACCGCGAUCCCGAGACUAACUUCGACCGGGCCUGCGUUAAGGGUGUGGUAGGACGGUUAAUCACCUGUAAGGACAUCAUGUACGCUACCGCUUUGGAAACGGCCGCUGGAGGUAGGCUUUACAACGUCAUCAUAGACACGGAGGUGACCGGGAAAAAACUACUGCAGAGGGGAGACCUGCAGACUAGAACGACCUUCAUACCGCUGAACAAGGUCACCUCGCACAAAAUGGACCCUGGCACGAUCCGUCUGGCCCAGAACUUAGUGGGCAAAGAAAAUUGCCAACCGGCACUGCAGCUGAUAAACUAUGACCAGCAACUGGAGCCCGCGAUGAACCUCGUCUUCGGUAAUGUGUUCGUGUGCAAAAACCUCGAUGUCGCUAAGCAGGUGGCGUUCCACAAACAUAUCAUGAGGCGGUGCGUGACUCUGGACGGAGACUCAGUAGAUCCUUCCGGUACGCUCAGUGGCGGCGCCAGGCAAAAGGGCGAGCCAAUGCUCAAGCAGUUGCAGAACGUUCUGGAAUAUGAAAAUCAACUGAAACUUAAAGAAAGUGAACUGCGCACGAUAGAGAACAAAAUCAGACAACUGACCGGUGUCCAAGAGCAGUACAAUGGUAUCAAACAGAAGCUCGAGUUGUCCAGACACGAGCAUAACCUAAUCAAGCAGCGGUUACUAAACACGAGUUUCCAUAGGAGUCAGGAAGAGGUGGCUGGUUUGAAAGCGCAAAUAGAUGAACUCCAGGCACGAGUCCAAUCCUCUAAAGCGAUUGAACAACGUUGCGUCCAGAAAGCGAGAGAUCUCGAGGUUAAAAUGAAAGACUCUACGGGCUACAGGGAGAAAAAGCUUAAAGAGGCAGAAGCGGAAAUGAAGCAGCUCAAGCGACAGGCUGACAAGAGCAAGGAGGAGUGGCGUCAACGCGAACAGGAAUACGAGACAUUGACCUUGGAAAUCGCAGAGCUGAAGAAGAGCAUCGAAAACGUCAGGCAAGACCUGCUUGCCUCAGAGGCGGUCCUUGAAAAGCUCCAGGAAGAGUUUGAGGAAGUGACUGCCAGGUCUAAGGAGGUCAAGGACAAGGUCAAGGCACUACAAACGGAGGUCAGCAAAUUGAAAGCCUCCAUUACCGCGAGGAACAGUGAGGCCCAGCAAAAAGUGAAAAAGAGGGACCGCCUAUUAGCCAGGAACAACGAGAUUGAGCUGGCGAUCAAAAAGCAUAAGCACAAAAUUAAUGAACUCAAGAACUCAUACCAAAGCACCAAACACAAGGAACAGGAAUAUUCGAAGAGAAUCGCCAAAUAUGCGAACUACAUGGAGAAGGGCGAGGCAUUGUCAUCCCAGGAGGGCCACGACCUGGAACGCCGCAUUAAGGUAGCGCAGGAAAAAAAACACAAGCUGGGCAGGGUCGUCAAUGCACAGGCGCAGACGAUGUUCGAGGAAGAAUUGAAAGCGUUCAACGAAAUGGUGAAGAAACAGGGCAUUGUCGAAGUGGAUAAGCAGAAGCUGAUUAAGAUGAUCAGCGAGCUCGAUCAGAAGAAGAAGAAUGCGCUAGAGCUAGCGCACGAACAGGUGUCGAAGGAUUUCGGCUCGAUUUUCGCUACCUUGCUGCCCGGCGCCAACGCGAAGCUCGUCGCGCCAUUCGGCAAAAAUAUCCUGCAAGGUCUAGAGAUAAAAGUGUCGUUGGGUAACGUGUGGAAGGACAGUUUGACAGAGCUGAGCGGUGGUCAAAGGUCGCUCGCUGCGUUGUCGCUUGUUCUGGCAAUGUUGUUGUUCAAGCCGGCGCCACUGUACAUAUUGGACGAGGUGGACGCCGCUUUGGACCUCUCCCACACGCAGAACAUAGGCAGUAUGCUAAGAUCUCAUUUUAAGAAGUCUCAGUUUGUCAUAGUGUCGCUGAAGGACGGUAUGUUUAACAACGCGAACGUGCUCUUCAGGACGAAAUUCGUGGACGGCGUAUCCACAGUUCAACGGACAGAGAAUACCAGGAAAGGUUAGGUAUUAAAUUUUUUUGGAAUGUAUAUAAUUUUUAAUAAAGCGUGUUUAUAUUUACCAAUCCGUCUUUGGAGCCUUGUUUUUUUUAAAUUCUUUACCCGAUGCAAGCAAAUGAAAAAAUAAAAAAAACGGAUUUAAAUAAAGCGUAAAGUCAUCAUUGCG